AUGGCAUCCACCGAGAACUGGAUGUUGAGGGCGCAGAGGCGAAGGAAUGCCGAGCUUAGUCUAUUGAGGCGCCCCAGCGAGGCAGGAAGCCAGAGCACAGCAGCAAGUGACAGACAUGACACAAUGUCACCAGCUUCACCCAAAAGCAACCACAGCACAAAAACAACUUCCAGUUUCGAUCAGCUUCAUGCAUUACAGACUCAACUCCGGAACAACACCGCUCAGAUUGAAGCGAAUGAGGCCCGAAUGCGCGACAUUGAGAAAGGCGACAAUCGGAUGGGCGCUGAGAUCCAGGAUCGACUUUCUGCUGUGAUGGAGCUGAAUGAACGACUUAACAUGUUGCGGGACGUACUGGCUAGAGCGGAUCGGGUGUCGAAGGGCGAGUUUGGGAAGGAUCAAUCUUAUUGA